GUCAGACUUGCCAGUAUACGAGACAAAAUGGUCGACAGUGAUGUAAAAAAGGAGAGUAGCAGUAUUAUUAUAUUAUAUGUAUGAUUAGUAUAUUUUUUUUUAUAGAAUUUGAAAGAUUUAAAAGGAAAGUAGUAGGAGAAAAGAAAAAUGAUUAUGAUUUAUAACUCAGUAAUGGUGUUUUUAAUAAGAGAUAUUAAAUACUAAAGAUAAUAUAGAUAACAUAGAUGAAAUGCUUAUAUGAAAUCAUGAAGAUGCUGAAAGAAAGAAAAAAUCCCUUGUUAAGAGAUGAAAUUUUUAAUAAAAUUCUAAAUAAAAUUAUGUUAUUAUAAGAUGAGAUUUAUCAUAUCAUAUCGUAUCAUAAUGAUUUCUUUAUCGAAAUCAUAUAAUAUAAUGGUAUAUAUAUAUUGCUCUCUUACUUUUUUAUUUUAUAUCAUUAUCAGCUAUUUUGUUCCGCAUGCUGGCAAUUCUGAUUGAGUCGAAUGUCUUACAUUGCAUAGUAGAAAAUACUCCACGUCUGAUUGAGGUUAAUGUUUUUUUCAAAGUGAAAUAUAUAUAUAUGAAUAAUUCAUUUUUUGACAAAAUACUAUUUAAUAAUUAUUGAUAAAUAUAAUUAUGGCGUACGUAUUCUGAUUUACAAAAUCCUCAAAAAGAUAACAUAAAAAAAAGAUUAUAGACAAACUAUCAUGAUUCUAAAAUGUCUAAAGUUACUUUUAAAAUAACUCUGACAUCUGAUCCAAAACUUCCUUUUAAAGUACUUAGUGUACCAGAUAACACUCCGUUUACUGCUGUAUUAAAAUUUGCUGCAGAAGAAUUCAAAGUAUCUCCAUCAACAUCUGCAAUAAUCACAGAUGAUGGAAUAGGUAUCAAUCCACAACAAACAGCAGGAAACGUUUUUCUUAAACAUGGAUCUGAAUUGAGAUUAAUUCCUAGAGAUCGAGUUGGAUAUGGUAGAUAAUUUGCACAAGUUUCAAUAAGAAUUCAUUGUUUAUAAAAUUUUCAUUUAUAUAUGAAUUAUUUCUUUGUUAUAUUUUUCAUUAACAGAAAAAACAAAUUACUUUUUCAUAUAAAAUUUGAUUCAUAUAAAAUUUAAAUAAAACCUUAUUUAAUUCCUUAAGUUUUAUAAAUUGUACUGUUCAAUGAAAUUGUAUUAAUAAUUUUUAUAAAUUAUAAAUAUUCAUAAUUUUUUAUUUUAAAAUUAAAUUACAAAUAAUAUGAAGGAAAUUUAUAAAAACACAUUAGAUACAUAUAUUUGAUAAAAAGAUUUUAUAAGUGAAAUACAUGUAUAAGGUCGAUACAAAGAUAUAUUACUACAUGAUAAAAUUACUUAGCGAUCAGUCAUAGCGCAAUAUUACCAAGAAACUUCCUGUUGCAAUCAAAAUAAUUUUUUAAAAUAAGAUCUUUAAAUCACAGUUAACGAAAAUUCAUAUUAAUUAUUGAAUAAUUAUCAAAAUUAACAAUAUUUUAUGAUAAUUUUAUCCAUUUAUUGAAAUUUUAUUAUAUCUAUUGUUUUAUUUUAAAAUAUUAUAAAAAAAUUUAGAAAUUUAAAAAAUUUUUAAAAAUAAUUUUUCGAGAUAUUGUUUUUAUAUAAUUUUUCUAUAUAUAUUCUAAUUUAUUUAUCAAAUAUAUAAAGUAUAAUAGUAAAUAAAAAUAUAGUUAAUAAAAUAUGCAACAAUGACGUUUCUUAGUUUUAGAAUAUUUGAAUAUUUAUAAUUAUUUAACAUACAAAUGUGAAUUGCGGACGAUUAGCAGUUAUAUAUUUUUUUUCAGCAAAGUAUUAUUGUUUUUUUUCGCUUUUUUUUCAUUUCGAUAUUUAUAAAAGUUUUAUCGUUACUUUUGAUCUACGAAAGAAAACAUUAUAUUUCUAAAAAUGGUAUAAAUGUGUAAUACAUAUGUAAGAAAUUCAGAGAAAAAUAUAUUUUUUUUAAAUGCUUAA